AUGCCCAUUACGCCGGAGGGCCUCAUCAUCGAAGCUUGGUCGCAGGGCUAUCUCGUCGGCAGUUUAAUCAUCAUGACCUUCAUUACCCUUGCCAAUAUGCGCAGAGGAGUGCUUUUGCACAAGAUGAUUCUCAUAGAGCUACUUUUUGGGAUAUGGCAGGGCUUUUGGCUGUUUCCCGGUGGCCAAGCUAGCAGCUGGUGGCUCUCGGUCGCCGCGAUCCCCCUCAACAUGUCGUGGUUCCUGCACAACAUCAUCUCCUGGAUGAAGAUCAAACCUUUCCUCUCUCGGUUCUGGAGUCUCGUCUUUUUGUACACAUGCCUGCUUUCGUUCCCCUACUGGGUCAUCGAGAUUUACGCCAAUUUUUCCUACUUCAACGGAAACAGCAAAUGGUUCACCAGAACACGCCCACUCGAACUUCUCUUCCGGGACCCUUGGUGGAUCAUCACAACCGUCUACUUAUUCACCAUCAUUAAAACACACUACGCCAUGACUAUCAGAGACAUCAUCCGGAUUUCUCCGCGCUUUGGCAUUAUGCUCGCCUCGAUGAUCAUAAGCAUCAGCUUUGUCAUCUGCGAUGUGUGCGCUGUCACCGGUGCCCUCAGGAUCGGUGGCGCCUCCACCGGCAUCAAUCCCUUCUGGAAGCUGGCUUUUGUGUUCAAGUGCCUCACAGAUUCAGUCAUUCUGGACGACUUCAAAAUGGCACUUGAUCGGUUACGAGCAUUCAAAAUCAGCCGUCUGGGCAGCUAUUCGGCAGACGACAGCGACCGUCGAAUCCGCAAUGACAACAAUCUCGUCCAGACCUGGGAAAAGGCCGAGCGCGAAGCAAGAGAGAACCAACGCAAUCUGUCGGAUAUGGGGACCAGCUCGGAUGGCCACGAUCCGCACGAAAAGGGUGAGGGCUCGGGGCGCUUCCAUUUUCCCUUCCAGAAUAGCCACCCUGGGAAACAAAAGGAGCCUGUGUCUAGACCGGACCAGUCGUUCUUCCAGCAGGGCGAGCAGUACCGUGACCCUUUGUCGAUGGUGCGGAGCGCUUUCGACGAUGACUCUGGGCCUUCCUCAGUGCAGUCACUGAAUGCUACACACCAGCCGAAGAAGCAGAAUCAAGGUGGAGAUCAAACGUGGUUUGAUGAGACGGACCCUACCGACACGAGGGAUGUGGAUGUGCUGGAACUGUACGCCAACGCGCAGCGCGAUGUCGAGGGUCAACGUGCGCCGCAGAGUCCGGUGCGAAAAGACUUUCCACGGCGCUCGCACACAACAGUCUGA